CAUUAUUUACUCAGGAUUAGCUUAGAAAAGCAUGUCUCGCUGCGCUGCCAACCUCCAUUUACCCGCUUGCUCGCCGUGUUGUAGUCGGGGCAGCUCGACGCCGCCCGUAAGGCUUGUUCCUCAAGCUCGACCAGCUUGCAGUAGACGGUCUCCUGUAUGCGCGAGCGCGGCGAGCUUAGGAGCUGGAGCGCCACCAGGCGCGGCUGGACCUGGCGGCAAGAACGUUAAACCACCGAUUCCGCUGCAGCAGCAGAUUCUUACCGGGAUACUGGGUGUAUCAAACGUCCCAUAUAGCUCCUUCGUCCCGUCCCCGGUCACCUUCCUACACACGGUGGAUGCCCGCAUUAAGCAGAUCUGGCUGAUCGCUCUCUACCUGCUCAUCGCGCGCGCCUCCCCCGCCAUCCGCCUCUCCAUCUCCCUCACCGUGGCCGCCAUCACAGCCGCCAACUUCCCGCCGCGGCUGUGGGUGCCGCAGCUGCGCCGGCUGGGGCUGCUGUGCGGCUGCAUAUUCGCCUCCACGCUGCUGCUGUCGGACGGCAUGCCGGCGCUGCUGCAGGCCCGCUCCCCGCCUCCCUCCCUGCUGGGCCUCCCGCCGCUGCCCCCCACCAGCUACCAGUACGUGCUGCUGCACGUGGGCUUCAUCACCGUCACGCACCGCUCGCUCAACCUGGCCAUCACCGCCGCCUCGCUCACCUUUGCGGCGCUGCAGACGGCCAGCCUGUGCCUGGUCACCACGCCGGGGGAGGAGAUGGCGAUAGCGCUGCGGUGGUUCCUCACUCCGCUGCGGCUGCUGCGUGUGCCGGUGGAGGAGAUUGCGAUGACGCUGCUGCUGUCGCUGCGGUUCAUGUCGCUGGUGUUUGAGGAGGUACGCAACCUGAGUUUGGGGCUGGCCGCGCGCGGUAUCAACUGGGAGGCGCAGGGUACCGGAGGGAGCCUCAACAUCGCUGGCCGCUUGUUGUUGAGGCUGUUCGGGAACCUCUUCCACCGGAGCGAAAAUAUUGCGCAGGCGAUGAUGGUGCGCGGUUUCCAGGGACCGCAAGAACAUAACUUGUACAUGAUGAAGGUUAACCCGACGUCCAUAGUUGCGAACGUGUGCGCAUUGUUAAUACUUGUAGGGUUUAGCGUUAUCAUAUACUACUAUAAAUAGGGAUGCACUCGGUGAUGGAGGGGCACCCUUUUUGGUUUCAUUGAAACUGCGACGGUUGAAGAUUAAUUGUUUCAACUAAGGACGUGCGUUGCAACAAAUGUUGUCCCAGCAAGCUGCUAAGAAUUAAACUCACGGACUUUAUGCAGUAUAACGGGUAUCUGCAGUAACCUGCUGGUGCCCGCUUGUCAAUUUCUAUGAUGUUGUCGCUUCUGUUAUGCGUCUAGACUCCCGCUGACCUGAGGGUCAAUCGUGAUCACUUGUGUCAACUUACUGUUGCGCCUAGCAUGUUUAUCUCCUGUCAUAGUUAGACGCUAUGGGAUGUGGCAGCUCCAGGUCGGCUGCAUUAACCACAGCAGGUGCCACAGCUACGGUCACCGCGCAGCCGGCAACAACUCAAUGCGGAGCAGAACCUGGUUGCACGUCAGUCUCCGUCGAAGAGCCAGCGGCUCCGGUAUUCGUCAAAACUUGGGUCGGGAAUGCGCACGACAACCUCUGCUUUCCAGAGGUCGACGACCCAGACUUUGCUAUACCAGCGUUAAAUUCUAAAGCUCCAUUCGCAAUUUGCAUCAGCGGAGGCGGCUUCCGAGCUACGACCCUGGGACUCGGAUGGCUCCGCGCCUUGCAUACCCUCGGCUUGCUCCAGCAAGCAAAGUACCUUUGCACAAACUCCGGCUCCUCCUGGCUUGGCGCCGCGCUGAGCUUCCAGCAGGUGUCCGAUGUGUCCGAGUUCCUGGGGCCCUACCUGCCACCCGAGCAGUGCUCCCUGGACGCGGUCAAGGAGUUGGGCGACAAGCGGCGCAGCUUCCCAGCCGCCGUGGCCGACGCGGCGCCGCUGUACAGCUACUUCAGGGGCGAGCUGGGGCAGAUGUUCCGCAAGGACCCAGAUGGGAGCGCGGCUCGUGCCUGGACUCGCGCCAUGUCCGGCGCCUUCCUGGAGCCGUUUGGUCUGGGCAACACGGACAGCAGCACCGUCACCAUCACCGGCACACGCGGGGAGGUGCACCGGAGCGUGGCGGAGCGGGCGGGGCAGGCGGGCAGGGGCACCGUGUACACGCAAAGCAACCCCGACCUGCCCUUCCCCAUCAUAGGCCAGGCGUUGCUGCUGCCCAAUGAUGCCGCGCUGUACUACCCCUUCGAGUGGACCCCGCUGUACGGCGGCUGCCCGGUGCCGUACGGCACCACCGACCCCAAGCUGGGCGGCGGCUGGGUGGAGACGCUGGGGCUCAAUGCGCAGCUGCUGGACAAGCCAAAGGAGGAGGUCAAGCCGGGUAGCAGCGCAACCAUUACCGUCCGACCCAUGGGUCCAGCCUCCCUGGGUGAAGCCAUCGGCAUCAGCUCCGCCUACAACAGCCUUGUGUGGGCGCUGGGCAAGACGGAGAAGGGCAAGAAGCUGCACAAGAAGCUUGGUUUCCACACCGCCCACUACUUCGACCAGCAGACCUGGAACAGCAGCGUGUUGGAGCAGUCUGACGGCGGCGGCACCGACCUGCACGCGGUCUACCCCGCCCUCCGCCGCCGGGUGCCCAACAUCCUGCUGCUGUCCGCAACCGCCACGAGUGUGGAGGACCCCAACUUUGCGCGGGAGAUGAAGGACUUGCCUGCGCUGUUUGGCUGCUGGCCCGGCAACCCCAAGGAGAAGGGCCUGGGCACGGACGCGCUCAACAAGCAGCGCCAGGUAUUCCGCAAGGAGGGCUUUGCGGAGCUGCAUGCGGCCCUGCUGGCGAAGAAGAAGGCGGGUCUGCCCUGCGUGCACGUGGCCGAGUACGAUGUGCUGGAGAACCGCGAGAUGGGAGUCCGCGGCGGCUGGCGUGUGCGGGUCAUGUGGGUGGUGAAUGAGGCGCAGUCUCAGUGGGAGGCGGCGCUGCCCCAGGAGACGCGGGACAGGCUGCAACACGAGCGGAGCUCGUUGGGGGUCAAGCUCAAGGAGGGGCUCAACCCCUUUGACGCCGACACGCUCCGGGAGUUCCCGCUUGUGUCCACCUUUGCCAUGGAUUACACACCCGAGCUGGUGGGCCUCAUGACCAACCACGCAGCCUACAUGCUGGUGAAGAACAAGGAGGCGAUUCUGGAGAUGCUGCAGCAGGAGGCGCCUGCUGCUGCGGAGGCGGCGGCGGUUGCGGUUGCGGAGGAGGGCGAGCCGGCGAAGGGUGCGGAGGUGCUGCUGGGUGGUGGUGCGGUGGAGGUCACCGCGCAGGCGGUGGUGUAGGCGCGGGCAGCCCGCUGCUGCUGAGGCGCCGCCGCCAAGGGAAAUGUGUCGUGCCUAGGUUGUGGGGCACGCUGUGCAUGAAAGGGUGGAGGUAAGCCGGUGUAGGGCGCGUGAAUUUGGCUGGAAGCGCUUGUGUUAAAGCAGCUGUGCCACAGAGUUGCGCAGGAGUUAUAUGUUAUUCUGUCGUCAUGCUACCAUUUAGGACUUGCGCUGGACAUUCAUGCCAAGCUGUGAUUCUUGAGCUAUAGGUGAUUGCGAUGGGGCUUUGGCGGGAGUGCCGCCCCCUGUUUACACAGGUGAUCAGAGAUGCGCGCAACAGCUUAGCCGAUGUUACGUGGUGGGUCCCGGCGUGUUUAUCUUGUCCUAUCUAUUGGCGUGAGCGUUACGGGUAGGGAUGUGACGUGACCUGCAGCGCGUCUCCAAACAUUGUAUUUCGCACGCAAAGUGAUAUACUGCUCAUGCAAUAUGCGGUACAUGCACAGUUUCGCUAUCGGAAUGAACUCUCGCACGGCUUGUUAGUAGUUGGUUGCAGGCUCAAGUUGGCUGGCUUAUGUGAGCCAAGCUUUGCACACCUGUAUCUCUGUUGGGCACUUGUGUGAUUGCGUAUAUCGGUAUUCUUAGUAAUUCGCAGCCCCAGAACUUGUAUCGUACUCUACCUAGGCAAACGGUUCUUUUAGGGUGUCGUACCUGUGUACGAUGUAAGAGUCAGUCUGCUC